GCAAGAUUGUGGAUUAAGAUUUUGGCGGCAAUAGGUUUUCAAGUAUUAAAUUAAAUCUAUUUAUCAUGGUUGAAGACAAAAAUCAAAACGUAGAAUUGACAGAUCAUGAGGCUGAGUUAUAUGAUAGACAAAUUCGAUUAUGGGGUUUAGAAUCACAGAAACGGUUACGGGCAGCUAAAAUUUUAUUAAUAGGUCUAAAUGGUUUUGGUGCAGAAAUAGCAAAAAAUAUCAUUCUAGCAGGUGUUAAGUCAGUUACAUUUUUAGAUCAUAGAAAUGUAACAAUUGAAGAUAGGUGUUCACAAUUUUUAGCACCGAAAGGUUUCAUUGGAAAAAAUAGAGCUGAAGCAUCUUUACAAAGAGCACGAAAUUUAAACCUUAUGGUUAAUAUUGAAGCAGAUACAUCUAAUGUAGAUGAUAAGCCAGAUACGUAUUUUAGCAAUUUUGAUGUGGUUUGUGCAACACAAUGUUCUAUUACACAAAUAAAGAGGAUAAAUGAGGCAUGUAGAAAGCACAAUGUCAAAUUUUUUUGUGGUGACAUAUGGGGAUCAUUAGGUUAUACUUUUGCUGAUUUAAUGACUCAUGAAUAUAUAGAGGAUGUAGUGCAAACAAAGAAAAUACAAAUAUCAGAAAGUGGUGAACCAAUACAAAAAGAAAAAUUUGAAAACAUGAUUGUAACUGAAAAACAUGUAGAUACUUUUGUACCUUUUAAAUCAAUUUUAAAUAUUACAAAGUCUUCUCUUCCGAAAGAUUCAGAAAUAUAUUAUAUGAUAUUAAUAAUGCUAAAUUAUCGUGAAAAGUAUGGAAAAGAUCCAUUGCCUAGUGAAAGGAAUUCUGAGAAUUUUAAGGCAGAAACUGCUGCAAUUAUAAAAAAAUAUGAUUUAGAGGAUAAAAUAAAUCAAUUAGUGGAGGGUGAUUUAUAUGCUCAAAUUAGUCCAGUCUGUGCCAUUGUUGGAGGCAUUAUGGGGCAAGAAAUAAUUAAAACAGUUUCACAAAAAGGUACUCCACACAAUAAUCUGUUCAUCUUUAAUCCAGAUACAUUAUGUGGAAAAAUUUUGAGAUUGGGUCAGUAAUAAUAAUUUCACAGGGUGGUAUGUUCAAAUAUUUAUGUCUUCUGUGAUUAUCAUAAG